CAUACAUUCUCCUUCACUCACAAAUUCUCUAAAAAAUAAAAGGGAAUGACGAGAAAGGUAACAAGAACAAGCAAAGCAUGAAAAUAAAGGCAUUUUGUUAUCCCUAUAAAUUAAAUUGAUGUAGGUACAAAUACAAUGUUGAAUUUACCAAUGGAUUUGAGGUUUGAUGAGUUGAUGAUCAAAACCAAAUUUGAUUUUCUGAUGCAACUCUCCCAUCUUCAACUACUUGGUUUUGUUGUUGCAGUCCUCGCUAUUUAUGUUCUGCGCUCCAGAAAACCCAAAGGCUGCUUAGACCCAGAGAAUUUCAAGGAAUUCAAACUUGUUAAGAAAACUCAGUUGACCCAUAAUGCUUCCAAGUUCAGAUUUGCUCUUCCUAAACCUACUUCAAUCUUUGGCUUACCUGUUGGACAACACAUUGUUUGCAGGGGACAGGACAGGGAAGGUAAAGAAGUCAUAAGACCAUACACUCCAAUAACUCUGGAUUCUGAUCUUGGUUUCUUUGAACUAGUUGUAAAGAUGUAUCCAAACGGAAGGAUGUCUCACUAUUUCAGAGAAAUGAAGGUAGGAGAAUAUCUUCCAGUAAAGGGACCAAAGGGGCGUUUCAAAUAUAAAGUUGGGCAAGCUAGAGCAUUUGGGAUGAUUGCUGGAGGCUCUGGUAUUACUCCAAUGUUUCAGCUGACUAGAGGCAUAUUAGAGAAUCCUAAAGAUAAAACCAAUAUGAAUCUUAUCUAUGCUAAUGUCACUGUUAAUGACAUUCUUUUGAAGGAAGAACUAGAUAACUUUGCUGUGAAAUUUCCCAACCGUUUCAAAGUGUAUUAUGUUUUAAGUCAGCCUCCAGAAACAUGGAAUGGUGGGAUUGGGCAUGUUUCAAAGGAAAUGAUUCAAACACAUUGUCCAGCACCAGCCUCAGAUAUUCAGAUCCUGAGAUGUGGACCUCCCGGCAUGAACAAGGCCAUGGCUACUCAUCUUGAAGCUCUUGGAUAUGACUCAGAGAUGCAAUUUGAGUUCUGAUACUUCCUAUCUGCGUGUCUAACCAUGUAACAUAUGUGUUGGUUUGUAAAUUCAUGUGAAUACGGAAUCGGGAAGAUUUCACUGUAAAUAUUUUCAUCACCUUAUAUUACUCAAGGAAUAUUUGCUUCUUAAGUCUAACAAGGACUCAGACGUACUGAUCCAAUAAAAAUU